AUGGUGUACUUCCUGAAAUCACAUGGCCUCUGUUUUGCAUGGGAGUAUUUGCAGACAAUGCAGACAUUAUCAGUUCUUUUCAUCUGCUCUAAUCCACAGACGGCAACAUUGCGUCCGUAUCUCAAUGCUGUGCGUGCAACGCUGCAGGCCGCUCUCUGCUUGGAGAAUUUCUCCUCACAAGUGGUGGAAAGACACAACAAGCCAGAAGUGGAAGUCAGAAGCAGUAAAGAGCUGCUCCUCCAACCUGUGAUCAUCAGCCGUAAUGAGAAGGAAAAGGUUCUGAUCGAGGGCUCCAUUAACUCGGUCAGAGUCAGCAUUGCUGUCAAGCAGGCUGAUGAGAUUGAGAAGAUUCUCUGCCAUAAAUUCAUGCGUUUCAUGAUGAUGAGGGCAGAAAACUUCUUUAUCCUGAGGAGAAAGCCAGUGGAGGGCUAUGACAUCAGCUUCCUCAUCACCAACUUUCACACAGAGCAGAUGUACAAGCAUAAACUAGUGGAUUUUGUCAUUCAUUUCAUGGAGGAAAUUGACAAGGAGAUCAGUGAAAUGAAGCUGUCUGUCAAUGCCAGGGCUCGAAUAGUUGCUGAGGAGUUCCUCAAAAAUGUGAGUGAAACCUUUUGUGUGCUAAAAGAAGCGAUGGCC